CUUCUAAGUUAUUAGUUUGAAAGAAAAACUGUUAGCAUUGGUUUAUGUUCUAUUCACUUAUCCCAUACCUUAAGCUAUAGUGUGUAUAAUACUGGUUAUGGAGUUGGGGUUUUUUGUUUUUUCUUUCAAGUGAAUCUCUACUGAUCAUGAGAGUGACUAAAUUCUUGGGGUAAGCACUGGUACAAUAUACAAAUAUAUGAUAUUGUAAAAAUAUAAUUUUUCUUACCUUUAUUAUACUACUUGAAGAACAUGGAACAACUUAAAUUCUACCUGUCACAUUUGUUUAGGUGAGUAUCAAUGUGUUUCACAUAUUAAAAGUUAGAACAUUAUAUACUCCUUACUUUUACUGGUUAUAAAUGCCAAACUUAUCUAAUGUAUUGUUCGUGUUUCAUCUUUUAACAUUCUGUUUGAUAUAUUGGACCAACAACUUCCUUCCACAUUUUCAGGGAUCUGGUAUAUUGUGGAACAAGUAUGAUUUUCCUGUAUUCUUGCUCUCGGAGAGUAGUACGAAGACCAUCCAAGAGGUUUCUGAAGAAAUUUUGAAGAGACAGAGAUCUUAUACCACUGUUGUGGCUGAGUUUGAUCUUGUGAUGCAGACAGUGAAAGCUGGAACUCGUGAUUCAGAAUCUUGUUUGAAAGAGGAGACCUGCCUUCCAUUAGGGGGAUACAGGGCAGUGUUUGGUCAUCACUUCCUCCGCUUAAUAUCUCCUCCUCAGAUUAGGGUAAGCCUAUUAUAUUGACUGUGGCGUCAAUGGAUUCGGCUUCAUUUUUCCGUGACAAAAGCCUUGGUGCAGACUCCCCAAUAUUAGGCAUGAUUGCACUCUUGGCAGCGGUCGAUGCACUAUCACAUUUGGAGGCUUUCCAUGACCUUAAUAAACAG